ACAACAAUGCGUGCGUUUGUUUUUCGUUUUUUUUUUCGUUCAAUACAUCCAUAAAAAACGAAAUUCAUCUGGCCCCGAGGCACUAACAAUCGCGACUACGGCACGCGUGGAUGUGAAUAAAUGCGGAGAUGCAUUGCCUGAAGAGAUAAUACGGUCAACAAGCAGAUUUCUAAAAAAAGUGAAUCAGAAUUUUUCCAGCGCACAUACACACACAUGCAAAUGAGACACAUGCAUACACAGAAAGCAAACCAGUUGUUGGUGGUGUUGUAAAUAAGUGCAAGUAAAUCAGAGUCAGGCAGGCAGCGAUCGAGAAGUCCCCAUAAAGCAAAAGAAAGGGAACAAAACAAGAGAAAGAGAGAUACAGAGAACGUGCAACGAGCGACAGGGAAAAGUGGAAAAGCAGCUCCACCCCCUAUUUGGGUGCAACACACACGCUUGGCUGGGUACGCGACAGCAGAACGUCGAACGUCAGUCAGGCAUCAACGGCUACCCGGGAAUCAGAGCCCAGUCCACCUUCCUAGCAGGCAAGCAGCCCCCGUCUGUCCGCCAGUUGGAGCGGCACUCACUCUGGAAAGCAAUUUUCUGGUAGCGACGGCAACGGCAAUCAAGAGACGGCAAGCAGAAAUAAUUGUUCCGGCGAAACACCGACACCACAAUUAGCUGCCAGAAUGGAGCUGAAAGUCUGGGUUGAGGGCAUCCAGCGGAUUGUCUGUGGCGUGACGGUGAAUACGACGUGUCAGGAUGUGGUGUUUGCCUUGGCCCAUGCCACGGGCAAAGUGGGGCGCUUCACGCUGAUCGAACGAUGGCGCAAUAAUGAACGACACCUGGCACCCAAUGAGAAUCCCAUGAAGCUGCUACUCAAAUGGGGCGAGUAUGCAAAUGAUGUGCAAUUUAUAUUGCAGCGCUCGGAGAAUAAAGCUCAGCAGCAGCCAACGCAGCAGACGCAACAGCAGCAGCAGCAGCAGCAGGGAAACAAUAACAACAACAACAAUUAUGCUGUGAUGACAACGAAAAAACCGCUGGGUCCAAACAAUAGCAAUAGCAACAGCAGCGGCAAGCCAGCGCCCACCUUGCAAAAACAAAAAUCGAAUGUGGAACUCAGCUACCGGACAAAGGAAUUGAAAAAGAGUUUUGGCGGUUACGAUGCCAAGCAGUUUGAUAAUAUUGGCAUAGUCAAGGGCAUACCCCAGCAGCAGCAGCCGCAGCAGCCAGCACCACCGAAUGCCACACCUGUCGCCACGCCCUCACCAUCGCCACCGCAGGCAGCCAAGGAGCAAGUGCCACCGCCGCCGCCGCAGCAGCUGCUGCUGGAUAACAUUGCAGCAGCGCCCAUAGUGGCCAAGCAUGAGAAGUCUUUGUCGAAUCCACUAGAUAUGAGCAGCAGCAAUGUCUCCAAUCUGGCUGCAGUGGCCGCCAAUGGCUACAAUGAUUUGUACAACAACAACAGCAGCAGUCAGAAUAUUUACAGCCAGCUGAGCAAAUCGAGCAGUGAACUGCGACGCGCCAGCCCCAAUGAAAUGUACUACAGCAACAACAACAACAAUAACAAUAUAAAUAAUAACAAUAACAACUCACCGGAGCUGUAUAAACAAGCAACGCAAAUACCAACAAUAUCGGCAAAUGGAGCUCUAGUGCCGCCACCGUAUCGUGAUCCGCCGCCGCCCAGGAACAGUCCCAUGUGCCAGAAUCAGCGCAGCAAUGCGGAUACCAUAUCCAAUGCUUCCUCCUCCACGAAUCCCUUUCUCAGCAGCGACUACGAUCAGCACAGCAAUCACAAUAACAACAUUAACAAUAACAACAACAACAGCGGCAGUGUAUCCAUGGAGGAGGGUGAAACCAUGAUGUUCCAGGCCACGCAAUACAACGAUCUGUUGCAGUUGAUUAAAUUUCAGCGAGAGAAAAUCACAGCACAGCAAAUGGAAUUACAAAAGUUCGAUACGGAAAUUGUUUAUUUGGAGAGCAAAGAGCGCGAUCAUGCCCAUGAGCUGGAGGCCAUUUCGCGGGAGAUCUCCAAGGCCGAUCAGACCUUUCGGCAGGGCAGCGAACAGCUGCAGACGCUGCAAUACGUGGAGGAAGAAAACGAAUUGGUCAAGCAGCAGGAGAAGACGCUCAAGUCGGAGAUAGCACUGCUGCGCUCCAAAUUGGCCAACUGUGAGACCGAGUUGCUGCAGUGCAAGAACAAAAUGCGCCUGCUAAUGGAUGACAUAGAGCUGGAGCAGCAACAGCAGCAGCAGAACAAUCGGCAAACGGUGGAACGUGAUUUUCUCAUGGAAAUGGAGCGAAUACAGAGCGAAAUUGAUCAGGCACUGCACAACACGGACACCUCGAACAAGACGGCGGAUAACCUGAAGAAGGAGCUGCUAAUGAUCGAGCAUGCCAUUGCCGAGAAGAAGCGUCAGGUGGAGCAGCUGGUCAAUGAAAUGAAGGAGGUGAAUCUGCAGAGUCUGACGACUGUGACCACCACCGAGGAGAUCAAGCAUCUGCUCGAGGGACAAGCCAACAAACAGGGCAGCAGUCGUCGCAUCAUUGGCUCACCGCGGCAGCUGGAGACGGCAGUACCGACUAGUAAAAAUCCCCAUGGCGUUUGGGUCUAGAGCACAGCAGCACACAACGAAACAUAAAUAUUUUUCUAAGCGUGUUUAUCAGCAACAAAUGUUUUCUGGGAACAAACAAUUUGAUGGGACACAUAUCUUGAAUGCAUAAUGGAGUUGAGAGAGCACAACGCUUCCAUAAUGGAUAUCACAAUUAUACACCAUAAUAUUCUAUACAAAUUUUACAAUGAUCCAUCCGGGGCAUUGCCUUAGUUCAAUUUACUUUCCGACCACAACAAACACCUAAUGGAUCUCUCAAACUAAUGAUUACAAUUAUUGUUACAACUUUUACAACACAAAAACACACACAAAUAUCUGCGCACAAAAGUUUGAUCUAUUUUAGAUGCCACAUUCCAUUUAUUUUUUAGUUUCAUGUGCUAUACUUUUGAGUAGUUUUUUUGUUGCUAGUCUAAAAACCCAAUUCCAAUCUCCAACAAACGCCGCCAUUUGUUGUUAAUUUUACUUAAACUAGGAACCUUUAAUUGUUGCAAUAAUUCGGACAAGCCUUUUUACCAUUUAAGUAGUGCACUUAGUGAUUCGCUUACGAAUGGAUUUAUGUAUUCACAAAACACAAAUUAAAUUACACACAAAAUCGAUUGUACUGUAAGGCAUUUAGGCACAGCUUUAGCAAAAACAAACUGAGAAAAACAAUUAAUAUUUAGCAAUGCUUUGUUGAACGUUUCACUUCUAAAGUGCUUAGCCUUAGCCACCGGUUGGGGUUGCCCUGCGUGGAAUCCCACACUUAAAGCAAAUGCAAAGGCAAAUGGUGUUUAAACAUUAGUAUUUAUGGCUGCAUAUUUUUGUAGUUUUUUGUUUUUAGUUUUAGUUUUUAGUUAGCAAUAUUUAAUAGUUACACACCACAAAAAAACAUAAAACAAAAAACACCAACAGCAAUGCAAUUUAAUAAUUAAUACAUAUUACUAUUAACGUUAAAAGAAAACGAUUUAGAAUCAAUUCUAAUUGCAUUAUAACUAAAUAGCGAAUAAAAAUACAACUUUUAUUAUUUUUUA